AUGAAAAAGAUAAUAGUUGCAGUGUUGAUAGUGAGUAUGAUCCUUUCUCAUUUUGAGAGCGUCGAGUCUGGUCCUGGUGAUUGCCUCGAUGCUUGUCAGACUGCCUGCGUUCAACCAAACACCAGACUUAUGCAGCGAUGUGACCGCAAGUGCCAAAUUAGAUGCGAUCCUGAUCCCAAAGUUGAUCAUCACAUGGGUUGA